UUUGAAGAUGGGUGGAACCAACAUGUGGUGAAGUGCGAGAGCUGACAGGCCCCGUUCACUGCAGAGACACAUGUUGUUUAGAUCAGAGCUCAAACUAGUUUCAGUUCUGAGGAAGUGAAACUCAGACAGUCGUUGUCACCGAGAGCUGAAAUGGCGCAGAAAGCAGAUCAGCUGGACCGGGAGACCUUCUCUUGUUCCAUCUGUCUGGAUCUACUGAAGGAUCCGGUGACUAUUCCCUGUGGACACAGCUACUGCAUGAACUGUAUUAAAAGCUUCUGGGAUGAAGAGGAUGAGAAGAGAAUCCACAGCUGCCCUCAGUGUAGGCAGACCUUCACACCGAGGCCUGUCCUGGGGAAAAACACCAUGUUAGCAGCUUUAGUGGAGCAGCUGAAGAAGACUGGACUCCAAGCUGCUGCUGCUGAUCACUGCUAUGCUGGACCUGAAGACGUGGCCUGUGAUGUCUGCACUGGGAGGAAACUGAAAGCUGUUAAAUCCUGUCUGGUUUGUCUGGUCUCUUACUGUGAGAAUCACCUGCAGCCUCAUUAUGAAGCAGCUCCAUUAAAGAAACACAAGCUGGUGGAGCCCUCCGAGAAGCUCCAGGAGAACAUCUGCUCUCGUCACGAUGAGGUGAUGAAGAUGUUCUGCCGCACCGAUCAGCAGUGUAUCUGUUAUCUCUGCCCUGUGGAUGAACAUAAAGGCCACGACACAGUCUCAGCUGCAGCAGAAAGGACUGAGAGGCAGAGAGAGCUCCAGCUGAGGCGACAAGAGAUCCAGCAGAGAAUCCAGGACAGAGAGAAAGAUGUGAAGCUGCUUCAACAGGAGGUGGAGGCUCUCAACGGCUCUGCUGAUGAAGCAGUGGAGGACAGUGAGAAGAUCUUCACUGAGCUGAUCCGUCUCAUGGAGAAAAGACGCUCUGAUGUGAAGCAGCAGAUCAGAUCCCAGCAGGAAACUGAAGCCGGUCGAGUCAAAGAGCUUCAGGAGAAGCUGCAGCAGGAGAUCGCUGAGCUGAAGAGGAAAGACGCUGAGCUGAAGCAGCUCUCACACACAGAGGAUCACAACCACUUUCUACACAACUACCCCUCACUGUCACGACUCAGCGACUCUACAGACUCAUCCAGCAUCAAUAUCUUUCCUCUGAGAUACUUUGAGGAGGUGACAGCAGCUCUGUCACAGCUCAGAGAGAAACUACAGGACGUCCUGACAGAGACAUGGACAAACAUCUCACUGACAGUGACUGAAGUGGAUGUUUUACUGUCACAACCAGAGCCCAGGACCAGAGCUGGAUUAUUAAAAUAUUCACAGGAAAUCACAGUGGAUCCAAACACAGCUUUCACAUGGCUGUUAUUAUCUGAGGGAAACAGAAAAGUUAAAUUUACGUUCAAACAACAGUCUUAUCCUGAUCAUCCAGAAAGAUUCAUUACAUAUUGUCAGGUCCUGAGUAGAGAGAGUCUGACUGGACGUUGUUACUGGGAGGUGGAGUGGAGAAGAGGAGUUUGUGUAGCAGUCUCAUACAAGAAUAUCAGCAGAGAAGGGAGGGAAAGUUUAUUUGGAUAUAAUGACAAAUCUUGGGCAUUAUAUUGUGAUCAAAACACUUUUUCAUUUAGGUUCAACAGCAUCAAAACUCCAGUCUCAGGUCCUCAGUCCUCCAGAGUAGGAGUGUACCUGGAUCACACAGCAGGUGUUCUGUCCUUCUACAGCGUCUCUGAAACCAUGACUCUCCUCCACAGAGUCCAGACCACAUUCACUCAGCCUCUCUCUGCUGGACUUCGGCUUUAUAAUAGAGGAGGCACAGCAGAGUUGUGUAAAGUGAAAUAGACAGAAGAGUGACUUUAGGCCGAUCUGGAGCCAUGGAGGAUAUCACUGCUCAUGAUGAUGUUAGUUUCUCCUGAACUCACAUUUCUCCACAUGAGAACACAAACUUCUCUGAGCUCUGAGUGUUUGUUGGAUGUUUGUGUUGAUGUGUUUGUAUGUUGUUGUUUGGGUCUGAACAGAGAAAUCACCAGACCUUCCUUUAUCACAGAUGUUUUGUUCUCAUUGUGUAAAGACAGAAAUCUAGAAUUACAUUUACAUUGAUGUGUUUGUCAGAACAAAUGUUGUCGUUGUUCAAAUCCACUCACAAAUAAAGUCUAUGAGGUUUUAUCAACUAAUAAUAAAUAAUAAUCAAUGAGGAGAUGACUGAUUACUUUCUUUUCCCUCUCUGAGAUUCAUGUGAAACAAACUGAUUGUGUGGAAGAAGUGAAUAUGUUCAUGAAAUCACUGAACAAGAGUCAUUGAAAAGACUUUACUGAUUCAGUGUGUGAACAAACUGAAGCUUCACGUCAUGAAUAAAAUUGAUUUCCUCAACAAUCAAUCAAAUAUUUCCUUCCGUCUUCACUCCAGGAUCUGACUCAAAGCUGACGGAGAACAUGUCAAACUAAUAUGAGGGCAGCAUCAGUUAAUGCUCACUUUGCAGAUUCAUAUUAAUGAUACGAAAUAUAAUCAAUAAUUAAUUAUAAUGUAUUAUUACAGGUGAAAAAAGUUUAAUCUAAGUCAUUAAAAUGAUUCCCAUCUUCACAAGCUGCAACAUUAAAGUGUUGUUUACACAUUAAUACAUCAAUAAUCAGAAACCAGUCAUAUGAUUGAAAUGAUUCUGAAAGGACUUUUACUUUUGAUAUUUUACGUGUGUUUUCAUGUUAAUACUUUUAUACUUUAUCUUAAAGAAAAUGUUGACUGCGGGACUUUUACUUGUAUCAGAGUAUUUCAACUCUGUGUU